AUGGCAGCAGCUGAUUACUAUGCCUCUGGCGCAAGACCACCUUUCGAGCAGCAGAACAGCCUGAAUCCCCCCUCACAACCUCAAAGACCCAACUCGCAUCUUGCUCAUACACUCCAACCUGCGCAGCAAGGCUACCCAAGUCCACAAUAUCCCUCUCCGCAAACGCAACAUGCUCCUCCUCCAUACCAGCCCCUCAACCAUGAGCAGAAACCGAGUGUACAUUUUACACCUACACCUACGCCUGGUCAACACCGCCCUUCAUUCUCCAACCAAGGAAGCCCAAACCCGUACCCAAUGAAUCAACCCCACUACCAAAGUCAACAGCCACCACAACUAGUCCCUUCGCAGCCACAGCCCGGCCCAUAUACGCCACAAGGCCAUCUCUACCAGCAACAACAGUACUUAACGCCACAUCAACGACUUCAUCCACAUCAUAGCAAUAGCGACCUGGGAGUAGGAAAUGGAUAUUCUUCAGAUCCCGAACCCCACAGGAGGAAACACAAGGACCGACCUCGUCGCAUCUCAGAAAACUCGCGAUCAACCAACGCAGACGGAUUCAUCGGUGCAGCCGGCGGUGGACUUAUCGGCGAUCUCCUCUUCCCCGGUCUAGGAACAGUGGGUGGCGCCUUGGUCGGAUGGGUUGGUGGCAAAGAUUACGGCAGGCAUAGAAAGUGGCGAGAAGAAAAAAGAGACCGAGACCAAGAAAGAUGGGAAAGGAAAUACGGUAGUGGCAGCAGUCGGUCAAGAAGUCAUAGCCGGGAUAGACGAAGACACAGUCAUGACCGCCGGAAGGAUUAUGACUAA